UCUUCAAGCGACAGGACGGCAGUAUGAAGCUGCGGCGAUGCUUCAACACAUAGCAAUAGUUAAUGUUAUAUGGUUUUUGCUAGCGUUGUGUUUUAUAAUAGCCUUUUUUCUCUAUAAGUUUUCACUGAAACUGCCUCGCAGCCUCGAGCGCGUCUUUCAGAAUUUAAUCCGUUAUGGAAAAACUAAAGAAGACAUCAAGAGACCAAACUGGCAGCACCUUUUUGACGUAUCAAAGAGGUGUUUCUAUCAUUUCUACGCGGUGUCUGUCAUGUGGAAUGGGCUCCUCCUACUAUUCUCCUUACGUUCUGUCGUCAUGAGUGAGGCUCUCCCUGAUUGGCUAAUUAACGCGCUUUGGUGUUUGACUGGCAGACCAAGAGAUGCUUGGAAAGAACUACAUCUCUCCAUUCUACUUUUACAAGUGCUGCUAUGGAUCCAUUCCUUCAGACGGCUAUUGGAGUGCCUGUUUGUCAGCGUAUUUUCUAACGGUGUGAUCAAUGUAGUCCAAUAUGCAUUUGGUUUGGGUUACUAUGUCCUACUUGGUCUAACUGUCCUGUCUAUAAAUGCCUCUCUGCCACAGUCAGUCCCAGGGCCUCUCUUUAAUCAGCUAACUUGGCAUCAGGUGAUCGGGACUCUUCUUUUCAUCUGGGCAUCUCUCCUCCAGAACCGGUCCCUCUCGCUGCUGGCUAAGAUGAGGACUGACAGCUCAGGUAAAGUAGAGACCCUGGCCCACAAGAUGCCAUGUGGGGGCUGGUUUAAUCUGGUCUCUUGUCCACAUUACCUGGCUGAGCUUCUGAUUUAUCUUGCCAUGAGUGUUUGUUGUGGCUGCAGUUCUAUGACCUGGUGGCUGGUGGUACUGUAUGUACUCUGUAACCAGGCACUGGCUGCACAGUUCUGUCAUGAUUACUACAGGAGCAAGUUUGAGAUGUAUCCGCGUCAACGCAAAGCUUUUAUUCCUUUUGUCCUGUGAUUUUUGUGUAAUAAGCUCUUUUAUAUGCAAAUAAGAAUCAAAUUAAUAAACUAUUAACUAAACAAAAACAUAGAUAAUCUUAA